AUGAGAAAUACUGAAAGAAUCUCAGAAAGUUGUUCUCAAGAAUGGGAACUGCAAGAAUACAUAAAGCAACAAUGGUGGGAGAAAUAUCAGAAUGAGGAGGAAGCAGCUCUUGGUAGAGGAAAACGCCAGAGAAAAGCUGUUUCUUACAGGGAGGCAUAUGCCCCACACCAUGGUGAAACAUUGAAUGAGGAUACAAGCAAGAAAUCUCCCAUGGAGUUGAUCAAUGAAGUUCCACCCAUCAAGGUUGAGGCCAGAAUUGUUGCUUGCGAAGGAGACAGCAAUCCUGCGCUUGGGCAUCCAAUUGAGUUUAUUUGCCUUGAUAAGGAUGAGCCAGCUAUCUGCAAGUAUUGUGGUUUACGCUAUGUUCAAGACCAUGGCCACCAUCACCACUAAUGAGUCUGAAAAUAAAUUCUGCAAGGAUAAUCAGCCAUGACGGGCUUGUGGGGGAUAAUCACAAGGUUAAUGUUGAAAUUUCUUCACAUUGUGUUUUACACUGUAGUUUCAAUAAAUCUUUGUACCUAUAAUGCUUGCAUGCUUUUGUUGUCAGCAGAAUAAGAAUUUGGUAUGACUAUUCUUAUUGUUUUCCGGAUCUAAAUUUACAUCAAACUACCUUUGUUAUGCUUUAUCUACAAGGAAUUGUGUGAUUGAUUA